CUCACGACUACACUCACGCACGCACGCACGCACGCACGCACGCACGCAUGCACGACGACUCGCCAAUCGCUGAUCCAACAACUCGUAGCUCCUGCCGCUUCAUUUCACUCUCCCUUGACUCACCACUCAGACUGCUCUCGCAUGCAUGCAGUGGUAGUCACAAGCAUCAGCAACACUUGACUGCCACACACAUCCACGCUCGGGCUGCCAACACCCGCACGCGCACAUCUAUUUUGCACCAACGUCGCUAGACCCGCUGCACGAGCAGACGCAGUCGAAACAUUUGCAGCGCCAAAUCCACCCCUCUCUGCCCCCCCCCAACACGCUCACCUUUUUGCGCACAAGGAUGGUGCAUCCAGCAGUGAUAGCGAGCGCAGUAACGGCAGGCGUAGCAGCAGCCGUAGCCUUCGAGCUGAGCGUGUUCAAACCGUGGAGAGAAGAGAAUUGGCCAGAUGGCGUACUACAGGGAGUCAAGUCAGAGUGGCACACUUUCAAACAGGAUCUGAGAGAGCUGACGGGUGAUAGGCGGGCGCAUACAGGCUAUGAUCAUAACGCCACGAAUGGCACGAGAAGGAGGAGAAGGAGGAGGCAGAGGAGAGAUGAACACGGUCAAAUUGUCGAUCAGACCGAAAGCGAGAGCGGGUCGGAAGACGAGCAUGAUGCGCGUGCGAGCGCCACUGGUGCGCGUGAGGGGAAUGAUGCGCUCAGAAGGAGGAACUUGAGCAGACAACAGAGAGAGGAAGAGAGGGAUUUGAGAGAACUUCAAAAGGAGAUCGAGGAGUUCGAGAUGCACGAAAGGGAUGUGAUAAGGAUGAGGCAAAGGAUGAAGCGAGAGUUUGAUCAAAAUGAAACUAGGAAUGGCAGCAGCAGCAGCAGCAGCAGCACGUCCCCGCGCAGCAAAAGGCCGCAAGGCGAUUCAUCGAUGGCGAUGUUCGAUCGCGCUUCUAGACCCUACAGCCACUCAUCUUCCAGCCUCGUCACCUCUGCUAAACAGAAGGAUCUGCCUCGUCCACCUUCACCACCAUCCAAGUCUAGUGCCAUCGCCUCGCCACAAGACCCGCAACACCCUCAUCAUCUCAUCGGCUCACCUAGCGCCUCGACAAACGCAUCGCCCAGCAUCCACAUCAAGUCCCUACCCGACGCAUCAUCGACUGCUCAAACCGAUGUGCGAGAAUCGCAUGUGGCACAAAGCAACGCUGCUCCUCGUUCCAUUUCUUCCUGGACCAACACCUUGCAUUCAGAUCUCGCAGACGCGAGCGACAACGUCUCUGCUGCUGCUGCUUCACCCACUACGAAUCCUUCCGUCGGUAGAGCUUCCGCUUCCGAAAUGUCGGAUUUGGAAGCUCCCCCAACAACGCUCUACACCCCCUCCAUCUCCUCACGCGAUGUGAACGGAGAUGGCGAUGGCGAGAGGAGAGAUCCUUUUACGUUCGUAUCUCCGCCAGACAGUGUGUGGGCAAUGUCGGAUGGAGGAGGUACAGAUGGAGGUUAUGGAGAUCAAGAUGAGGAGAUGAUUGGGGAUGAAGAAGGCAUGAAUGCGGCGCCAAACUCUGCUGCGGUCAACUGUUCACCUAAGGCCACAGCACAGGAUCCGUUCGAGGAUGAUGAGCUUGACCACGCACGAUCACCCAUGCACCUGCACCCGGACGGUCGUCACAUGCAGCCGAGCUUGAGAAACCAAUCUUCUACCAUGACGUUGCAAGAUCCUGCUCGAUCUAUCGGCAGUGCCGAGCUUGGUGCGCAAAGCGCAAUUUUACAGGAUCGAAGCACAUCCAACUCCUCUUCGGGCCUCCAGACCGCUGCGGAAUGGGAGUCCUUCUCAGGCAGCGGAACCUGGUUCAUGCCUUCGCCUUCGCCUACCGCUUCCGCACCCGCACCCGCACCCGCACCCGCAUCCGCAUCCGCAUCCGCACCCGCACCCGCACCCGCACCCGCACCCGCACCCGCACCCGCACCCGCACCCGCACCCGCAUCAACGUCGACGGCCGCACAGCGCUCCACUUUGCAGAGCAAGGCGCAAUUCGACGUAAAGACUGGUGCUGCCAUGUCAGAGCGCAAGGAAGCCAAUGUCGAUCGUGACGACGAGGAGAGCGAUGAGGAAUGGACUAGAAGCGGGGGCAGAAUGGGAGAUGCGACGGCGGCGACGGCGGCUACAGGCAGCAGCGUCGCGAGCGAUGAGGAGUGGGACAAGGUGAGCGAUGGAAAUGAUGCUUGAACAUCACCCUUUCGGGCCAGAAGUGG